CGGCCGCCGCUCUGCCACCAGCCUCUCGCACAGUCCCCGUGCGAUUCUUGCGGUUGACGCGCCUCGUCUUAGCUUCGAAGUGCCCGCCCGGACGCGGACGUCGGGCCCACCAACGCUCUAACACUUCUAUUCGUGUCUGCCAGUUAUCCUUAGAAAGUUUUUGCUCGUGGCAACUGUCAACAAUGGAGGGCAAUUUGUCGGAAUUCGAGGAGAACGUUUUGUUUGACCUGGACGAUCCAGACUUUGCACCUGCUGUGCCACGGACAACCGCCCACGGGGUUUUUCACGGGAUGAAAUUUGCCGCCGAAAUCGCCUUGAAUGUCAACAAAUGCCUGAUUUACAAUCAAGAUUUGCUUGUGAAACUCAUUUGAACAUCCAUCGAAGCAAGCUCAAGCACAUUGCAAAUAUAUUAGAGAAACGCUAUAAUUACAUCUUAUUCCAAUCUAUAUUGUUUAUAAAUCAGUUAAAUUCAAGGGCAGUUUAUAAAUCGUCUGUAGAAGCGCCUGUAGAACUGCCUUAUCGACUAACCCGUUGAUUACGUAUUACCUUUACUUUACAACUGAGGACAUCGUAUUCCACAGCCUGAGAAUAAGUGUCGUAACUACAAUUAAAGAAUGAUAUUCGAAUGUGCUAAAUGAAAUUCAGAAAAUUAAAAGAAAUACGAAUUGAGAGACAAAGAAGACCUUCCGAUGCAGGUGUGCCGAUAGAUGCAAUAUAUUUUAUAGAUUUCACCAUUCGCUCUUUAUUGUUCAUUAUUUCACUCACCUUUUCUUUCUCAGCUACUCAGCACUGUUAUAAAUGAAAUAUCGACAUCAUAAUUAAUUCCUUUAUUUAUUUUUAGAAUCUCUCAACACUCCUUUUGUAGUCUUGUCAUUUAAAACCAAUUACUUUCUCAUAUAAUAUUUAUG